AUGAUGCACAUGAUGAUGGAGAUGUACUUCCACUUCCGAAUCGAGGAGCCCAUCCUUUUCCGCGAGUGGAAACCCCUCACCACGACCGCCUACGUCUUUUCGUGUCUCGGAAUCUUUGCGAUUGCCAUCGGGCUCGAGAUUCUCAAAUUCGGAAGAAUGAAACUGGUGGCUAGUGGGAAGGUGGCCGAGCAGAAGGCGAGUUUUACUGCUUCAAAGGGGGACCAUAAUCGAGCGUUUUUCAGAAAGUCGACUGCUGCUGUUCGACGGAAGGAGAGGGAAUCUGGAACAUUCCGGAAACGAGACCACUUCACCCGAAAGCCGUCUCAUUGGCACCGUGAGUUACUGUUCCGCACAUGUUUCUUCUAACGCGAACAUUUCUCAAAUACGAUAUAUUCUGCAACGCUCAUUCAAGACAAUAUAUCUCAGUUUCCAGUGGAGAUAUGAAAAAGUUGUCAAUUGAGAAAAUGUUUAAAACUUCCUUAUAAACAUUUCAUUAGUUGACAACUUUUUGAUAAUUCCACCCACCACUAAGAUAUACGGUCUAGAAUGAACGGUAUAGCCAUCCUAAUACCGUUUACUCAAGACGUCAUAUCUCAGUUUCCGUUUAAGAUAUCAAAAAGUUGUCAACUGAUAAAAUGCACAUUAUAAAAUUCUGUGCAUUUUUUCAGUUGACAACCUUCCGAUAUCUCUACCGGCAGCUGAGAUACAAAUACUUUAGGUUCACCCGCGACUCGAUCCUCUCGAAAAGCCACGCGCUCUCCUCGGUCCUCCUUUUCGUCCAACAUUUCGUCGACUACUCCCUCAUGCUCGUCUCCAUGACCUACAAUUGGCCCAUUUUCCUAUCCCUUCUCGCUGGUAGGUUUUGAUAACGUGAAAAAAGAACUAUUAGACGUGAAGAACAUUUGCACUGUAAAAGGCACUUUUUGAAACUGAAGAUUUGAACAAGUUAGUUCAAUUACUUGUUUUUUAGGCCACGCGACCGGGUACUUCUUCCUGGGACCAAUGAUGACUGUGGAGGAGAGUGAGGCCGCCGGAAGUUGUUGCUCGUAA